AUCUACCUUAAAAUUUGGUGCUUUGGAAUGCCCUUACCCUAAUGAAAUGUAUAAGAAAAGAAUACCUGUCGAUCCUGUCUGGUCGCCACGUCACUAUCCAGUGCAGUUCAGCACACAUAGUGUAGAAAAAAGCUUAGAAAUGCACAGGGAACUGGCAGAUCCUUCCAUGAUGGAUGACAUGAAUAAAUAUGUUUACCUGGAGUUGAGAUUUGAUACGGAAAUAACAAAAGAAGUCAUGGUAAAAGGUGGAAAAAAAGAAACUAAGGUAUCCUAUCUUGAAAGCAUAAGUGAUUACUUGAAAUUCCCUCACAUGUUUGAAACAAAAGAGAAGCGGCGAGUAAUGGUUUUUUGCAAGCCUGAAGAAGUAGAGCUGGCCCUGAGCAAUGGAGCAGAGAUUGCUGGUGGAAAAGAAUUAGCAGAUCAGGUGGACAAUAAUGAAAUUGACUGGAAGAACAUGGAUGUCAUUCUGGGCACAGUGGAUGCUUUGCCAGACAUACUAUCUGUCAGGAAGAAGAUUAAAAAUAAGUUGCCUACUCAGAAAAGUGGGACUCUGGGUGUGGACUUGGUUGAAAUGUUGAAAAAACAUACUGAUGGAAUUGGAAUGACAUCUUUUCCAGUGAAAGCCAAUAUUUCCAUUAUGAAGGUCAAGGUUGGAACUGUAAGUUGUUUCUAAAGAAGCCAAUAUAGG